AUGGACUCCACUGGACACGUCGAAUUGUCGUACGAGGUCACGGACGCCCUCCGCAUCACCGACGGGGCCAAUGUUGUGGUCGACUGUAUUGACGGUGUGCUUUUUCACACCGAGAGUGUCAUGCGGCAGGCCAUGGCCGAGGGCAUUCGCCCUGUGUCCCCCGAGAAGGGCACUGUUGCAUUUUGUGCUGGCAUUGACGGCUGGGCAUUCACCCUCAGUACUUUCGCAAAGUAUUACACCUCGAAAGUACGUGUGGACGAGGAGACGUCAUGGAGAGGCUCUGGGGGGACAAUUUCUUUGAUACUGCGACUAAAGAGUGGACGAAAAGCAGGACGAAAUCCAAGACUUGUAUCCGUGGGUCAAUUUGACCUUAGAAGAGAAGAAGUUUGUGGGGAAACAACUAAUGAACUGCGUGAUGCAGCGAUGGCUCCCCGACAACAGCGCGCCCUCCUCGAGAUCAUAUUCCACCUCCCGUCAUCCGCCACAGCCCAGAGCUACCGUAUGGAUAAUAUGUAUUCCGACCUACUCGAUGAUGUCUAUGCAGAGGCGAUUAGGUGUUGUGACCCGGACGGUGAUUCUCUUCUAAAACCCGCUGAUUCCUUUAAUCUUCCUUACAGGAUGAUUCCAACCUCUGACAAGAAAAAGUUCUUGGCCUUAGGUCGUGUACUCUCGAGAAAGGUCUCGACCGGCCUCACGGUCAGGAUCAUGGGCCCAAACUAUCAGCCCACCAAGAAGGAGGGCCAGUACUCCAAGAGUGUCGAGAGUAUGGUUAUCUGGAUGGGCAAGAACAAGAAUCAAAAGACUAUUGAGGAUGUCCCUUGUGGCAACAUAGUGGCCAUAGUUGGCCUUGAUGACGUCAUCACCAAAAGUGAUACUCUCACAAAUGUUGAGAAUGUCAAUGCUCACAUAAUUCAGGCCAUGAAAUUCCCGGUUUCACCUCUCAUGCGCAUUGACAUCCAGAGUGAGGCAGAAGUCUUGGAACUCUUUAAGGGUUUGAGGCUCCUAGACAAGUCAGCCCCUAUGGUUGUCAUCAAUGAUGAGGCUAAAGACCUGUCCAUUACUGGUGUAAGAGGGGUUGAGAUCACAUCAAACUCAUUGAUCGUCACCUUCUAUGAGUCGGUUCUUGACAAGUCUGACUAUACCAUCAUGAGCAUGUCUAGCAACAAGAGCAUCCGUCUUUACAUAGUGGCCCGACCCUUGGAUCAAGGCCUUGCCAAAACCAUCGAUGAUGGGCGGAUUAGCCCGCAUGACGACCCCGAGGAGUGCGCCAAGAAGAUCUGGUGCUUCGGACCCAACUCCACUAGCCCCCUCGCCGGAGAGAAAACGAGGGACAUUUGCUUUGAGUUGUGUAACACCGUGAUCGCCGAGAACUUCUUUUUUUUGUUUACAUUCCAAACUUUUACAAGCAUCAAGGUCACUCUGUUCUCACUUCUCAAAUUCACUCCGAUUCUGCGCCUCGACCCGACGCCCCACCUCGCCUCACGUACGACUAAAACACUCCACGCCCUGCCUCUACCUUCACCUCCGACUCCAUUUUCAGAUUCCAAUGGCAAGUCGACCGUCACCGGCUGCGUGACAAACAUCCGCACGGAUGAGGCGACCACCAAAUCAACACCAAUAUCUUUCUAUCACAAGAGGGAUGACAAUGAGUACCCCAUCAACCUGAUGGACUCCUCUAGACACGUCGACUUCUCGUACGAGGUCACGACCGCCCUCCGCAUCACCGACGGGGCCAUUGUUGUGGUCGAUUGUAUUGACGUUGUGCUGUUCCAUACCGAGAGCGUCAUUCAGCAGGCCAUGGCUGAGGGUAUUCACCAUGUCCUCACCAUGAACAAGAUGGACCGGUGUUUCCUCGAGCUCGACAUGGACGACGAGGAGGCUUACGAAAACAUUCAGAAGAUCAUUGAGGACACUAAUGACAUCCUUCGUGAUUUUCAGGUGUCCCCCGAGAAGGGCACUGUUCCAUUUUGUGCUGGCAUUGACGGCAUGGCAUUCACCCUCAAUACUUUAGCAAAGUAUUACGUCUCGAAAAUGCGUGUGGACGAGAAGACGAUGAGGGAGAGGCUCUGGGGGACAAUUUCUUUAAUACUGCGACUAAAGAGUCAAUUUGACCAUAGAAGAGAAGAAGUUUGUGGGGAAACAAUUAAUGAACUGCGUGAUGCAAUGGUGGCUUCCCGCCAGCAGCACCCUCCUCGAGAUCAUAUUCCACCUCCUGUCACCCGCCACGGCCAGAGAUACCGUAUGGAUAAUAUGUAUUCGGGCCUACUCGAUGAUGUCUAUGCAGAGGCGAUUAUGUGCUGUGACCCGGAUGGUCCCCUUAUGCUUUACGUGUGCAAGAUGAUUCCAACCUCUGACAAAAAAAAGUUAUUGGCCUUAUCUCAUGUAUUCUCGAGAAAGGUCUCGACCGGCCUCUCGGUCAGGAUCAUGGGCUUAAACUAUCAGCCCACCAAGAAGGAGGGACAGUACUCCAAGAGCGUCGAGGGUAUGGUUAUCCGGAUGGCAAAAAACAAGAAUCAGGAGACUGUUGAGGACGUUUCUUGUGGCAACAUAGUGACCAUAGUUGGCCUUGAUGACGUCAUCACCAAAAGUGUUACUCUCACAAAUGUUAAGAAUGUCAAUGCUCACAUAAUUCGGGCCAUGAAAUUCUUGGUUUCACCUCUCAUGCGCAUUAACAUCCAGAGUGAGGCAAGAGACUUGGAGCUCUUUGAGGUUCUGAGGCUCCUAGACAAGUCCGACCAUACCGUCAUGAGCAUGUCUCGCAACAAGAGCAUCCGCCUCUACAUGGUGGCCCGACCCCUGGAUUAA